UGGUGUGGCAUUCGCAGAGCGAGGUGCUCAGUAUUUAUGGCUUGCUGUACGAGUACAAACUGUGUCACGUAUCCUUCUAGUUCUACUGUUCUUGUUCUACCCAUCGAAGUGAUAACUGAGUUUCAGCAAGACUACUGAGUUACGUGCUGUGAGUGGGACAGAACACUGCCGACGUGAGAGUUUGGCAGCCGAUAUGAGUGUAUAAGGCACAGCUUGGAGGACCAAGAAGGAAGUGGGUAUUAUAGUUAGCCCCUGGCAGAAGCCACUUCAAAGCCAUGUUCAUCGUCGGUCUCACAGGUGGCAUAGCCACUGGCAAGUCGACCGUAUCUGGCAUGAUACGGGAGCUCGGCUGUCCUGUGAUUGAUGCUGAUCAAAUAUCUCGAGAUGUUGUCGAAGUUGGCCAGCCUGCUUAUAAGAAGAUUGUGUCCGAAUUUGGUGAAUCAGUACUGUUGCCAUCUGGGGAACUAAACCGGGCUGCACUUGGAGAGAUUAUUUUCAACGAUGAAUCGAAACGGCGGCUCCUGAACAAAUGUACCCACACGUAUAUCCAUCGGCGAAUGCGGUACAUCGUGCUAUGCAGCUUUCUACGUGGACAUCAGUUCAUUGUGAUGGAUCUACCCCUGCUCUAUGAAACAGGGACGUUCCUGAAGCUCUUCCACAAAGUCAUUGUUGUUGAAUGCACACCGGAUCAGGAAGUUGAGCGUCUCAUGCUGAGAAAUAGCUUAUCCCGUGAACAGGCACUGGCACGAAUCAACUCGCAAAUGCCACUGGAGCAGAAAGUACAACGGGCAGACAUAGUCAUAUCAAACCGUGGCACUCUGGAAGAGACACGCCAACAAACAGUAGCCAUUGUGAAUCAGCUGAAAGCAUCCAACAUGCACAUAUACAUGCGCCUGCUCUUCUUAUCGGUGGUCUCUCCUUUUCUCUUGACGCUGUACUGGGUUUUUCGUUGAUAUGAUGAGAACAGCGAGAGGUGGCCGUUCCUAGGCAUGUGUGUUUCGAAAGUUACAUAGACAAAAUUAUAUGCAGCAACUAUUAUAUGUAGCAACUAUAAAUAUCUAUUUUUGAUUGGGGUGGGGUGUUUGUUUGUGACGUUUGCUGCUGGAACUAUAUUUUCAUGCCUUGUUAUUGUUCCUUUUUCUUGAUAAAAUCUUAUACGACGCGUUAUCGCUGGUCGUUGAUAUAGACCCGGGAGCAGUAAAAAAUGCCAACCCCCUGAUAAUAGUGAGGUUCUGCUACCCGUGAAGUAGGGUGUUUGUUUGUGACGUUUGCUGCUGGAACUAUAUUUUCAUGCUUUAUCCUUUCUCUUCAUAAAGUCUUAUACGAUU